UUUCAGUUAGUAACUGUCCGUGUGUGAGCCUGGAACAUCGUCCAGGGAUGAGACUAAAGGGAAAACAAGUAACGUUAGACGUUCAUCAGAAAACUUUUAUGAACUUCACCUGCAGGACUUGGAAAAUGCUUUUGCUGCCGAAAUGGUGGAUUUUAAUCGUUUGUUUGACAGAUGUCCUCCUUCCCCGCUGCUCGGGGGUUCAUGUGUUUGUGAGAGAUGAGAAGAGGUAUGCUGUGCUGUUCCAGUCGGUGGUUCUGCCGUGUCAGUACAACAGCGUGUCCACCCAGGUCCCCGUGGUGCAAUGGGUCUACAAGUCGUACUGUCAGGACCGCACGCGGGAUUCGUUCAACUUCCCAGACAGCAUGAGCGGAGGCCAGGGAGGAGGUGGGCUAACGGGUGGAACCAGAGGAGCCGGUGGAGGGUAUGAGACGGGGAUGACAGCGAGCUACCUUGACUGCUCUGACAGCAGCCGGACGGUCCGAACUGUGGCCUCCAUGUCUGGUUCCUCAAUCACACUGUCAGAGUACUACAAGAGCAGAGACAUCUCCAUCAUCAACAAGGCAGACCUGCGCAUAGGAGAGGUCCAAUGGGGAGACAGUGGAGUUUACAUCUGUAAAGUGGUUAUAGCUGAUGAUUUAGAAGGACAGAACGAAGCCUCUGUGGAGCUGCUGGUUCUUGGUUUCUCAGGUGUGCCUGAAGAUCUCCUGCCAGACUUUGAUAUGAAGAUUAUGCCAGAGUGGGUGUUUGUGUCGGCGGUGGCACUGGGCAGUGUCUUAUUCCUGCUGUUGGUCGGGGUUUGUUGGUGUCAGUGUUGUCCUCACUCCUGCUGCUGCUACAUCAGCUGCUGGUGCUGUCCCGACACAUGCUGCUGCCCGAGACACCUUUAUGAGGCAGGUAAGGGUAUAAAGACGGGCACCUCCACCCCUCAGACACCUGCCUACCCUCCAUACUUUGUCACUGGUGUUCCGACGAUGGUUCCCAUCGCACCCCCAUCUCUGGUGGACAAGAUGUCUUCCCUCCCCCCUUCAGAUGGCAGCAUACUCACAGCAGUGCCAAUGCAUGCUGUAGGGGUUCCCUACCGCGCUCCUUCAUCUCAGGAUCAGGACUCUCUCAGGGUGCUCCAGUUUGUAGAGAAACAACUGGCUCACUUCAACCCUGCCAGGUCAAUCAGCCACCAGUCCUGUAGCCUGUCCGAGCUGAGCUCCCUCCACGAGGGAGAAACCAGCUUCCGCCAAACAUACCGAAAUGUCCAGAGGAAAGCUCUGCCCGCCAUCCCUGACCAUGACCCUCAGCCUGAGCCCCAACGCUACCGUGACAACCGCAGCCCAGAGCCGCAGCGUUACCGUGACAAUCCCCCUUCACCCCAACGAUACCACGAUGACCGCGACUCAGAGCCUCGCCGCUGCCAGGAUGAGCCCCUUCCUCCGCGGCGGUACAGCGAUGACCCUCCGUCCUCGUCCCAGUUGCGCAGGUCCGGCCGAAAUCAACGGCAGCAGAAUCACAGCGACGAGGACAACCACAAAAGGUGGAACCCUCGUUCAGAACAUCUGCGGAGAAAGACGUACCGCACUGCCGGACGAACCGGCUCACUAGAAGAGCUGGAGGAGUUUGCUGCUUCUUACAAGCAGAGAGGAGACAGAGGGGAAGAGAAAAGGGAAGAGGACAGGGGAGACUACGAGAUGGAGCGUCUGGAGUUCAGUCGGUAUCCUUCAUACCGCAAUGGUCCACCUCAGCAUUAUCACAAUGACGAAAAUGAGCUCGGCGACAACAGCGACCGCGAAGAUCGUCUCAGAAGAAACAAGAAUAACGGACAUUACAUGGGCCCGCUUCAGUCACCCGAAAAGAGAAGGGGCACUUGGGACGGCGAGCGACCUGCCCCACCUCCCCCCAGGGUCAGUCCGCCGUCGACUUCUUCUCAAGAGAAGGACUACGACGGCACGUUCCUGACCAGCCUGCUGGAGCGCAAGGCCAAGUUACGAGGGGUCAGCCAGGGGAAGAGUGGGGCCCGGGGGGAGGGCGAUUCAGACACAACCUCUAAGGGCAGCUCGAAAAAAAGCAGCGGGGAAUCGAGUCGGCACUGCAGCCGGUCGCCCAGCAACAGGCCUGAGGCGGAUUCACUUCCUCCCUGCUCAGACACAGAGCGAAGCAGGACGGACAGGCCAUCUCCACGGCCGCUCCCAGCAAACACUAGCGGCUCUCAACCUCCUGGCCAUUCCCUGGCCGGUCGCAGAGAGGAGCCCAGAGACAAGACCCGCAAAGUGAGCACUCUUCUCAGCCGGGACUCCCUCAUCGUCUGAUGGACUGAAAGCCCCACAGACUGAGCAUGGAGGAGCCGCACGUCAGCUGAUGAAAGAUGAUAGAAAUGACUAUAUGCAACAUCAAACAUAUGCAACUGACCGUGAAGGAAAGCUGAAUCAGCACAGAAAUGGACAACAGACACACUUUUUCUAUGGCGACUGUCACUAGGGUUCCUGCCUGCUACGAUGAUGUUCAAUGAAUGAUGAAGUCAUUACUGUUGAACUGUCAUCAGCUGGACUAACACUGAACUAAUGGUGACUGGGUCAAUGUCCUGGACUGUCCCUCCCAGCAGGACACUCUUCGUCUCCCCUCAUCCCUAUACGCUUUACGCUUCCAGUACAAAGAGUGCAUUCAUUUCCACUUGAUGAGAUAUCUGCUUUAAAUAAGCACAGUUGUAGUAAAGGAGGUAUAUGACAACAGCAUUAUUGUAAAGAACAUACUGUAGCUUCAGCUGAAUGACAAUACACACACUGUGACAUUCAGCAACAUAUUCAGGGACUAAAGCUAACUAAUUCAGACGGCAUUUGCAAAGAGAUUUUAAAUGUUAACUAAAGCUCGUAGUAGUAGCCAACAUUAUCAAAUGUUGAUAUGAUGUGUAUGUGACAAAAUAAUGUAAGCACCUCCUGGAAAAGGACUCCUAAAGCUGCAUUAAGCCAAAGUUAGGCCAGCUUUAUAAACGCAAUAGUUUGUCACUGACGUACUGAGUGAGUGAUGAAGUUGCAUUAUCGAUCGGUCGAGUGUUGGAGUUCCACAUUGGCCGUUGCGAAUAGGCGCAAACUUCUCAAUUAUUGACUCAAACGUAGCUUAACCAUAUCAUAUGAUAUGCUACUUCAGUCACUUUAAGAACAAAUAUUACUGCGGCACUACAGACAUUUGCAGAUUAACAUUUAAUAGCCAGGAUUCACAUUAUAGACACUACCACUGACUAUCUGUAUAACACUUUGGCCGCAAUUUACCACAUUGGCCGUUACAUGAUCGAGUCACAUGCUAGGUUUGACCUGGUCUGGGUAUAUUGACAAUGGAUCAGUAAGGCGAAAGGUGUCAAUUGUAGUGACUCUGCAGUUUUGCUCAACUCUACAGAGCCGCGUAGUGUUUUUGAACUCAUCGUUUGAGGUUUGCACGCUGCGCAUUUACUGUUUUGAUUCACUUUCACCGCUCUCAACCCUGUUUACAGCAUCAGCAGGCAUCUGUUUUUUAGUAUAUAAUAAUAUUAAAAGCUCUUAAAAAGCCACUGUACUCUACCUUUUCAGCACCAAACAGCAGACUGACACAGUUAGCAACUAGCUGGUGGCUAAUGUAGUGUUUAGCAGCCAUAAAAAGCCAGAUAUUUCCCUCAGGAGUUGUUUCAAGAAACUACAACAGAGCUAAAACAGCUAAACGAAGCUAAAAGGAGAGUGAAUAUUGGACUAAUAUUCAUCAGGUGCACACAAACACAACUCCAAAUGAAUACUAAUGUUGCUCUGUAUCUGCUGCAUAUCUAAAGUGUUUGCUAAAAUGUUCGCCAUUACAACUUUAUAAAGUGAUAACUGUUUGUUUUUUUAAAUUUUGUUUAUACAAGUGUGUUUACAUCUUCUACAGGCCCCAUGUGGCUAACAAAGUCUAUUCACAUUUCUUUAAGUAACUUAAUCUUAAUCCAAAUGUUUGGUUCAAUGCCAUGUAACAACAUUUUUCAGCUUCAUCAGUUUCAUUUUUAUUACUGUAUAUUUUAGGCAUUUUUAAAGCAACAAAAGAUGGAAACAGAGCUUUUGAAAUAUUGAAUAAUGUGUGCUAAAAAUGCAGGAGUGCCAAUCACAAAUGUAUUUGAUAGGUCAAUGGGAAUCCUUUUGAAAUUCAUGACAUGAAUAUGGCAUGUUUGGCAUAUACAUACAGUAUAUGCCAAACACAGAAAGCUACACUGACAAAGUAGUAAACUAAUAAGGCUAUGCACUAAUACUGCAUACUGAUCCAAUGUGACCCACACAUUGGCAGUGGUGAUUUAGUUACUUCUUUAUUCAUGAAGCAGUAACGUUAUGUUUUCUCCACCUUGUAUAUCAGUGGAGCUUUUUAUCGUCUACUACAUAUUAACAUGUUAGAGUUUGCACAAAGUAACUACUUUCUGCAAUUGACUAAAACCUUAUGAAAUGUUUGUUUUCUGUAAACCUUUAAGUUAAAGGUAUUGAACUGCCACUGUCCUUUUUAAAAGUUUUUUUUACUACCGUAUGAAGACAUUUUUAUAUGUAAACCGGACCUAUUUAUGUGUGUGGUGUGAUAUGAUUGAUGUAAUUUGUAAAUGAUUAUGUUUGUUUAAGCCUUCCAGUGUGACUGUGUACAUAAGAUGAAGUGGCUUUGACUUGAUAACUGUAAUUCAGCCUUUUCUUAUCACUGCUGAUUCAAUAGCUAAACCAGCACCUUCAUAUGUUGUCAACAGUCGCACGCAUAUACAAAACGCAUAUUAGCUGACUGAUUGUUACUUAUUUUGAUUUACCAUUACACCAAACAGUAUUUUAUUAUUCCUGCCUCCAUUUUAGUCUUCUUGAAAAAAGUCUAAAUCUCUAAAACUCGUUUUAGUUCAUGUUUUCUGAUAUCUGGUACUGACAACUGUGUGUGUGUGUGUGUGUGUGUGUGUGAUGACUCUUUACUUUUCUGUUAAGGAGACAAUGUGUAAUUGAGUAUGACUCAUGUCUUUGUUCAUUGUUGUAAUCACAGACUGCCUGUCUUCACGACACAGCUGCGUCAAAACUCAUAUAUCACUUCUGCCAGCUCAGCCACAGAGAUCUGCGUCGCAGUUGUUUUGACAGCCACAUCAAAUUAUUUCUUACAACUUUUGUCCAUAAAGUCUUUAUUUAUAUAAAUAAAGACAUAAAACAUAAAGA